AUGACUCUGUUAUGGGUUACACUGUUGCUUCUUCAUCAAGGAUAUUCUUUGGUUCCAGUGGUCACAGUUCAGCUGGAUGAGUCGGUGACUUUUACAUGUACUUUUACUGAGAAGUUUCACACCAGUACAUGGCUUCACUGGUACAAGCAGACUGCAGGAGAGAAUCUGAAACUGAUCACAAUGCUGCGUGGAAAUACAAACCCUACUUAUGGACCUGGAAUUUCAGCCUCAAGAUUCAGUACAAGUUUCCAUUCGAACGUUAGCACUUUGACCAUUCUGAGGACAAGUAAAGAAGAUGAGGGGAUGUAUCACUGUGCUUAUAUGGACUGGACUAAAUCUACUUGGUCAGGAACAUAUUUGUCAAUACGAGGAAACACUGUAAGAACAUCCCAGUACACUGUUGUUCAGCAGACAACAGGUUCAGAUCCAGCAGACUUGGAGACUCUGCAGUGUUCGGUUCUCUCGGACCCUGAAGAUGAGUCGUGUUCAAGAGGUCUCAGCAUGUUCUGGUUCAGAUCAGACAAGUCUACUCCAGACUUCCUCUACACUGAUGGGAGCAGACCUGCUAACUGUGAUGAGGCACGUGACACUGAGAGGAGAUGCAGCUAUGACUUCUCCAAGAAGAUCAGCUCCUCUGAUGAUGGGACGUAUUACUGUGCCGUGGCCGCAUGUGGACAGAUAUUAUUUGGAAAUGGAACUAAUCUGAAGAACGAUGAAACGCCAAGUUCUGACUUUCUUUUGCUGAUGGUUACAAUAAUCUGCCUGGCCGUUUCUGUGACUGUAAAUAUCGUUUUCAUCAGUUACCGAUUUAAAAAAUCUGCAUUUGAGAAGUCAAAAGAAGACUGUGCACAGCCCUGGCUGAGAGUGACCCAGCUCAAAAAGAAGCAGUUUAAACCUGGAAAAAAUACCUGCUCUGAAAAUGAAAAAACAGACUCCGAGACUCUGCAGUGUUCGGUUCUCUCGGCCUCUGAGGACGAGACGUGUUCAGGAGGUUCCAGUGUGUUCUGGUUCAGAGCCCGGUCAGAAAACUCUUAUCCAGAUAUGAUCUACACCGAUGGGUACAGACCUCCUAAUUGUGAUGAGACAUCUGACACUCAAAGAAGAUGCCGUUAUGACUUAUCCAAGAAGAUCAGCUCCUCUGAUGAUGGGACUUAUUACUGUGCCGUGGCCACAUGUGGACAGAUAUUAUUUGGAAAAGGAAAAAAAGAAGUGGAUGCUAAAGGAUUAAAUGUGAAAGGACCUUUGGAUGGAGCUGAUCCUUCAGACAAUGGACUGGGUUUGCUGGAGCUUGUAGAGGUGGGCGACCGGAGAAAGGUGCGCAGCUCACGUCACUCCAACACCUUCUCAAGAAACUCCAUCAUCCUUGGGGAAUCAACCAGCCCUGGCAGCAGGGCAAACUUGCCCUAA